UUUUAUCCAGCUUUACCAAGGAGCAAGCAUCCUUCCAGUCUCGCUCUCGUGAGGAGCUCGGAUCGUCCAUUAGGGAGAUGCUUCUAAUGGUAAGUCAUUUUUCCCCCUCCUUUCAGUUUGCUUUGUUUCUUUUUCUUGAUGGUUGCGUUUUCAUGUUAGGUGACGGGCCUCUUUAUGGAGGUGGAUAUCCGUGAUCGCUCCCUCCGGGAGUCCGUAGAUCGCCGAAUUGAAGAGGCACGUCUGGAGGAGAAUAUAUCUGCCACCAGUGAUGCGAGGGGCAAUUUGGUAGCUGCUCGGGAGCAGAUCCAGUCCCUCCAGGUGGAAUUGCAUUCUGCGUUGGAGGCCCUCAAAAAGGCUGAAGAGAAAACAGCCGAGACGGCCAAGCAUACCUCGUCCUUAGAAGAUGAGUUGUCUCGGACUCGCAAUGUUCUCCAGGAGGCUGAUGAGAGGGCAGCUACCUUGGAGGUUCGCUGUAGAGGAGUGCUAGAGCAGCUGUCCUCUAUGACAGAGGCUCUCAAGGAGAGGGAUGAGGCCGUUAGCCAGAAAGCUGAAGUCCAGCGCCAAUUUGAUGCCUUAAAGGCUGAUUUCGAAGGACUUCAGACUCAUCUGGAGGAAGUAAAGGCUCAGAGAGAGAUGGCCUUAGCUCGGGUGCAGACUUCAUAUGUUUAUUCAGAAGCUCUAAAUUAA